AGUGUGUGUUUUUUUAGAUGUUUAACACAAUUUUUUAUUUAAUUAUUAUACUUUCUGGAACAAUUUCGGCAAGAGAAAACAAGUAUGUAAAAAUUAGCCUAGGCACAAAGUGGAAACAGACUCCCCUGGCAUUAGAAGCAAGUGAAUAUAUAGCUGCAAAAAGCAAUGAAAAGUUUUGGCAUUUCCUUGAAAGUAUGUUAGAAAACCCAGGCAAAUCUGAAAAAGAUAUUUAUGAUUAUGCUUUGGCUAAGGCGGCUUUGCUGCUUUCUGAGACCGAAGUGGAUGUUUUAAAGUUUUCAUUAUCUCUGAGAGUAUACUCCCCUAGGGUGAAGCUCUUUGAACAGAUUGCUGCAAACCUUCAGCCAAAAUGCAAUAUCUUCUAUCAAGGAAAUGAUAGAAGUAUUUCAUGUAGGUUAGAUGAGAUUCUUGAAAAAAACAAGAAAAGUAAGAUUAACAGAGCUUCAUCACUUCUUCACUCUUUUGAUCAUGUUCACCCAUCAUCAAAAGAUGACAGUCCCCUUGUCAUUGUGUAUGCAAGUUUUAUUUCAAAAGAUUUUGCUGCUGUACACAAAACAAUGCUGUCACACAUGCAAGAUAACAAUGUCAAAUAUGUCAUUAGACAUUACUAUCAGGCUACCGUGGAUGAUUCCAAAGUUGCUUUAUCUGGUUACGGUGUCGAGUUAGCAGUGAAAAGUACGGAAUAUAAAAAUGUUGACGAUCAGAAAGUAAAAGAUUUGAAGAAUAAAGAAGGGCAAUCGGAUAGUAGUGGUGAAGUUGAUGAAGUUGAAGGUUUCCUCUUUAACAGAUUGAGAGAGCUUCAUCCAACUUUAAAGGAUGCUUUGGAUCACUUUAAGCAUCAUUUGAAAGAGAGUAAUAAGGAACUAGCACCAUUGCGUGCGUGGCAGCUGCAAGAUCUCAGUUUUCAAGCAGCUCAAAGAAUUAUUAGCUCAUCAUCACAGGAUGUUUUACAAGUACUGAAAGACAUAAGCCAGAAUGUGCCAAUGGUUGCAAGGUCAUUAUCUAAAGCAACAGUGAAUAGUGAUGUGAGACAGGAAAUAACUGACAAUCAGCAGGAAUUUGAAAAGAAUGGUAUUGCACCUGGUCAAACCUCAUUGUAUUUAAAUGGUAUUGAGUUCAAUGCAGACGAUCUUGAUGUUUUUAAAUUAUUAAAUACUAUUAAAGAUGAAACAAACACAAUGUCAGAACUGGGUCAAUUAGAUCUAGAGAUGGGCAAAACUGGAGAGCUAAUGGCACUCAAUGUAAAACCUGAUCAAGAUUCUUUUAUUGUGGACACGCGAUCUGAAUCUAUUCAGUGGAUCAAUGAUUUGGAGAAUGAUCAGCAGUAUAACUACUGGCCGUCACAAUUACAGGAGAUUCUAAGACCAACCUUUCCAGGCAUGUUAAGAUACAUUGCUAAAAAUAUAUUCCACGUGGUGGCAUACAUAGACCCGCUUUCAAAAGAAGGCAUCAGUAUGUACAAAAGUUUUAAUGAGAUGAUCAGUAAUUCCAUACCUGCAAGAUUUGGUGUUGUGCUUGUUGCAGAUGGUUCUCCAAAAGAUGAGGCAAAGACAAACGCUGGUGCAGCCAUUACAAGAGCAUUCAGUUUUAUCAAAUCUGACAAAGGACUGCAAGAUGCUUUUCGCUUUUUGACUGCUUUAUAUCGUAAAGAUGGCAUCCCAACAUCAGAGGACAUUAUUGGUUUGUUUACAUCUUGGUAUGACAAAAGUGAAGCUGAAGAGAGCCUAGGUGCAGAUUCUGAAUAUGAUGACCUGAGAAGGGUAUCCAAGCUAGUUUUUGAUGGAAUUGGUUUGAAGUCUCUACCACAAGUGUUGGUUAAUGGUCAACAGCUGUCAAAAGAUGAUCUGGAAAAUAUGGAAAGCUCUGUAGCAGAGAAAAUACUAGCACAAACACCAGCUAUUCAACAGGCAGUGUACAUGGGAACACAUUACUCAUACCCUACGAUUUAUGAUUACAUUAUGUCACAAAGCAACGUUGUCACUAGAUUGAACCAUCUUAUUCAGACAGUGAAAGGGGUGUAUGUGAACAUGGCUAGUAUUAAUGGAGAAUUUUCAGGCGACGUUGCACCACUAUCAAAAGAGCAAGCUGCGAGUGUGCUUGCUGGAAGAGUUAAAUAUUUCAUGAAUGAGAAAGGUGGGACGACUGUAUGGGUUGUCGCUGAUGCGCAGACAAAAGAUGGCAAAAAGCUUGUUGCUAAUGCUUUACAUUAUGUGCUUAAACAAAAGAAUGCUCGACUAGCCGUAGUUCUUCAUGGAGUUGAAACAUCAGAACAAAAUGUCAAUGAUAUUCUUCAAACUGUGUUUGGUUUGCGGGAAAAGCUGAUAUCUGGAGUAGCCAAGUUCGUUAUUAAACUGCUGGAAAGCGGUAAAGACAUAUUGUCACUGGUGAAGAAUGAGGAUGACGUGACAAAGCUUGCAAAUGGAAUAACAGGUAUAAACAAGAAAAAGUUGGCGGAAUUACUCUCCUCAGCAGAUGCGUUAAAAGAGUCUAAAGCAGUAGUGAAGCGAAACACUGAAUUGGUGCAGAAAGCUUUCAGCAUUACACAGAAGGAGAACGUAGUUUUUGCCAAUGGGCGGGUGAUUGGUCCACUCAAAGGAGACGAUAUCUUUGUGUCAGAUGAUUUCGAGUUGUUGCAGACGUUCGAGAACAAUCGAUGUGGAUAUAAACUGUCUGAAUUGGUUGAAGGGAUGACUUUGCCUAAACUUCCGUCGGAGGGUCAUGACAGGUACAAAUCUGACCUGGUGAUGAAAAUUGCUGCAAUCUUAAGUCAAAGAGAAGAUCGUUCACGCACAGUGCUUUCCUACAAAGACGACAAACACAGUGUUAUUCACAUACCACCACGAUCAACAUCUGUCAGUUUUGAUAUCGAGGCUGUGUUGGAUCCACUCAGUACAGGAGCGCAAAAAGUUGUUCCUAUAUUGAUGGCACUACACGAGGCGUUCAAUGUUAACCUAAAGAUAUUCUUGAACUGUAAAGCAAAGCAUUCGGAACUUCCCGUCAACAGAUUUUAUCAGUUUGUUAUCCAAUCUAAACUAACAUUUGAUGCACAAGGUUCGCUCGUUGAUGAUCAGUCAGCCAUUUUUAAAAAUCUACCGCACUCGGCCUUGCUUACUUUAAUUAUGGACACUCCGCAAAGUUGGAUGAUCGAGGCAGUCGGGUCAAAUCAAGAUUUAGACAAUAUCAAUCUUGGACAAGCUACAGGCGAAGUGUAUGGUGAUUUUGAAUUGGAGCAUAUCAUAAUCGAAGGACACUGUUCGGAAGUCGAUACGCACCAACCACCGCGUGGGUUGCAGUUUAUACUUGGUACUGAAGCUGAUGCUGAAAUGUUUGACACCAUUGUGAUGGCUAACUUGGGUUAUUUUCAAUUAAAAGCUUUCCCUGGAUCAUUUGUGUUGCAGUUACGUGAUGGUCGUUCGUCAGACAUCUAUGAAAUAGACAGUUUGGAGGGUGGCAGAGAAUUGAAUGCUGGGCAGAAUUAUACCGUUGUUAUUGAUGACUUCAGUGGACGUUUUUUAAAAGUGAAGGUAAAACGCCGCGCCGGUCAGGAGAAUGCUGAUUUGUUGGGAGGUGAUGGUGGAAGUGAAGAAAGUGAGUUUGGUGGUAUAUGGGAUUCUAUUGCUAGCUACGUAAAGAAAGAGAAGUCAACAAAAAAUACAGAUGGAAAGAUACACAUUUUCUCGGUGGCUACUGGUUUGUUGUAUGAAAGAUUCCUGAGAAUCAUGAUGCUUUCAGUGUUAAAUCACACCAAGACUCCAGUAAAGUUUUGGUUUUUAAAGAACUAUCUUUCAUCAGAUUUCACGAAAUUUCUUCCUCACUACGCCGAAGUAUACGGUUUUGAAUACGAAUUGGUACAAUAUCAAUGGCCUAGAUGGUUGAAUGGACAGACAGAAAAACAAAGGAUAAUUUGGGGCUACAAGAUCCUGUUUUUGGAUGUAUUGUUUCCACUUAAUUUGGAGAGAAUAAUUUUUGUAGACGCUGACCAGAUAGUCCGUGCAGAUCUUAAAGAACUUAUGGAGAUGGAUUUAGAAGGUGCACCAUAUGCGUAUACGCCAUUUUGUAACGAUCGUACAGAAGUGGAAGGUUUCAGGUUUUGGAAUCAGGGAUAUUGGAGAAAUCAUUUAGCUGGCCGGCCUUAUCACAUCAGUGCUCUGUAUGUUGUGGACUUAAAGCGAUUUAGACGUGUUGCUGCAGGUGAUAGGUUACGCGGACAAUACCAGGGCCUUUCUCAAGAUCCAAACAGUUUGUCAAAUUUAGAUCAGGAUUUACCAAAUAACAUGAUUCACCAAGUACAAAUUAAAUCUUUACCGCAAGAAUGGUUGUGGUGUGAGACAUGGUGUAGCGACGAGAGCAAAAAACAUGCCAAAACAAUUGACAUGUGUAAUAAUCCACAAACAAAAGAACCGAAAUUAGAACGAGCAAUCAGAAUUGCUCCAGAGUGGACCGUAUACGAUGAUAUAAUUAGAAAACUGCAAGAAGACAUAUCUAGUGGCAACAAAAAGAAAAUAGAAAAAACAUUACCGAUCAAAGUUGAGCUGUAAUAGUGCUGAUAUAACUAGAAGUUUUAAAAAAAUUGUCACUUUUCUAGGAUUUAGUAAAUAUAUUUUGUUUGAGGUAUGCAAAUAAGUCUGUCUUUGGAUUAAAUUAGUUUUUUCAAAAUAAAACCUUUGCACUUGCAUUUCAAAUACUUUAGUCAGAUAUUAUAGUCAUUUUGUGAAAACGUUUCGAAUUUAUACCUUUUAUUUAUUUUCCUUUACAUUUUUUAGGAGACAGGUCUA